AGUUCCGGCGCCGAAGGACGUCAGUCUCUUGUUCUCUUCGCCCCGGUGGACACCCUUCAAUUGGAUUUGUUACACGCCCCGCCAGCAUGAGAGUGUUCUUGGUUGUGGCGCUGGCCGCCCUGGCCUACGCCAGAGCGGAGGCGGGCUACAACUACCAGUCGCCGUCCAACAGCUUUGGCGGUGGUGGCGGAGGGGGAGGUUACUCCAGCAGCCGCGGUCCGUCUUCAAGCUACGGCGCGCCAUCCUCGAGCUACAGCGCACCUAGUUCGAGCUACAGCGCACCCAGCUCUAGCUACAGCGCUCCGAGCUCAAGCUACGGCGCACCCAGCUCAAGUUACAGCGCGCCAUCUUCAAGCUACGGUGCCCCUAGCAGUGGGGGUUUCUCUGGAAGCAGUGGGCCUUCCCCAAGCUACAGCUCCCCGAGCACUAGCUACAACCCACCUAGCUCUAGCUACGGCGCUCCUAGCUCAAGCUACAGCGCGCCAUCUUCAAGCUACGGUGCGCCUAGUUCAAGCUACAGCGCACCGAGCUCGAGCUACAGUGCUCCAUCUUCCAGCUACGGCGCCCCAAGUAGCGGUGGUUUCUCAGCCAGCAGCGGAGGCUACUCUGGUGGCAGCAGCGGCGGAUACUCUGGCGGCAGCAGCGGCGGAUACUCUGGCGGCAGCAGCGGCGGAUAUUCUAGCGGUGGCAGCGGAGGCUACUCCGGAGGCAGCAGCGGUGGAUACUCUGGCGGCAGCAGCGGAGGCUACUCUGGCGGAAGCAGCGGCGGCUACUCUGGCGGCAGCAGUGGUGGCUACUCUGGUGGAAGCAGCGGCGGCGGCGGCUACUCCGGCGGCGGCUCCCACGGUGGUAGCGGCGGCUUCUCCGGGUCCUCGUCCUUUGGCGGCGGCAGCAGCUCCUUCAGUUCGGCCAGCUCCUCAUCCUUCGGAGGGAGUAGCUCUUUCGGUGGCAGUGGGGGCUACGACUCGGGCGCGCUCGUCCAGAAGCACAUCUACGUCCACGUGCCCCCGCCAGAACCCGAGUACCAGCAGAACUCCCGGCCCCAGGGCCCCGUGGCACCCCGCAAGAAGCACUACAAGAUCGUGUUCAUCAAGGCGCCCACCGCACCCACACCCACCGCGCCGUCCUUCCAGCUGCCGCAGCAAGACGAGCAGAAGACUCUCAUUUACGUGCUCGUCAAGCGGCCAGACGAGGCACCCCAGUUCUCUCUGCCAACCGCCGCACCCACCCCACCAUCAAAGCCCGAGGUGUACUUCAUCCGAUACAAGACACAGAGGGAGCAGGGCGCUGCUGGCGGCUACGACAGUGGAGUCGGUGGCGGUCUUGGAGGUCUUGGCGGCGGCCUCGGCGGUGGCCUCGGCGGUGGCCUUGGCGGCGGUCUGGGAGGCGGUCACGGUGGAAGUGGCGGCAUUGGCGGUGGCCACGGGGGUAGCGGCGGCGGCGGCGGUCCGUCAGGCCCCUCAAGCAGCUACGGCGUGCCUAGCGCGGGCGGGGGCCCAUACUAGACGCAGUCCUCACGCCUCUCGGGGGCCCAGGGGGUGGGCCCCGCGAACACUAGUCCAGUCCCCUGGCCCCUCUCCUCAACGUGCCAAACAAAACCUCAUGAGACUCCAAAGAGACGCGCGCCCCGCCGCGGCAACUAGUGAGCCGGGUCUAUGUUAUUUAUUGUUGCACCCCUUAUGGGGUAUGUAAUAUAAUUGUUUGUACAUAUGAAAUUUUUUAUGUUUUGUAUAAAGAAAAGAAAAACCCGAAUAAAAUGUUACCUAACUAUUGA